AUCAAUAGAGCUUCAAAAUUAAAGCCUAUAUCUAUUUAGUACUAUUCGUUACCAUCAAUAAUACAGUGUAAUGGAGAUGGGUGGUCUUAAUAAAACCGCGAUUUUGUUUCGUGUAUUGUUGGUUGUUUUUGGUGCAACGUUAGUACUAGGACAAGGCACUAAGGUUGGGUUUUAUGCGACGUCCUGCCCAACGGCGGAGUCGAUAGUGAAAGCUACGGUGAAGUCGCAUUUUCAGUCGGACCCUAAGGUGGCCCCGGGGUUACUGAGAAUGCAUUUCCAUGACUGCUUCGUUCAGGGCUGCGACGCCUCCAUCCUCAUUGACGGCUCCGACACCGAGAAAACGGCCGUCCGUAACCAAGGGUUGAGAGGGUACGAGGUGGUUGACGAUGCUAAGAAGCAACUCGAGGCUGCGUGUCCCGGGGUUGUGUCUUGUGCUGAUAUUCUGGCUCUUGCUGCUCGUGAUUCAGUUGUGUUGACCAGUGGGCUAACUUGGCUUGUACCCACCGGACGUAGAGACGGGAGGGUUUCCUCCGCCGCCGAUGCGGCUAACCUGCCGGGAUUUACAGAUUCAGUUGACGUCCAAAAGCAGAAGUUUUCUGAUAAAGGCCUCACCACUCAAGAUCUCGUUACCCUUGUUGGUGGACACACCAUAGGAACAACGGCUUGUCAGUUCUUCAGCUACAGGCUAUACAACACAUCAUCCGCCACCAUUGACCCAUCAAUCGACCCAUCGUUCCUUGCCACGCUUCAAUCGCUCUGCCCGCAAGGCGGCGACGGCACCAAGAGAGUAUCACUCGACGACGGCAGCGAAACCAAGUUCGAUACCUCGUUCUUUUCGAACCUCCAAAAGGGUCAUGGGAUUCUUGAAUCCGACCAGAAACUCUGGACCGACAGCUCCACCAAAACGUUCGUGCAACGUUUUCUGGGCCUCAGAGGACUGCUGGGGCUGACGUUCAGCGUGGAGUUCGGGAAGUCCAUGGUGAAGAUGAGUAACAUCGGAGUUAAAACUGGGAGCGAUGGUGAAAUUCGCAAAGUUUGCUCAGCUUUUAACUGAUCAUAUAUAGAACGAUGAAAGUGCAUGCGUGCAUGAUGUUAUCUUUUUCUCCUUUUUGUUUUGUUAUCACCGUAUCAUAUCAUAUAUAUCAGCGCAAGCUGCAAAUGUAUUGGUUCCAAUAAAUUAAGUCCUUAUCUGAUAAAGAUCAGAAGAGAUAAGAAUCAGAUUUUACCUA